UGGAUCAGAGUGGAGCUGUGUGAGGAAUCUCCUCACCUGGAUCCAGACGUUCGGUGUGGACGCGCCGUGUUCAGCGGUGGACGAGAUGACCAGCGGAGUGGCCAUGGCACAAGUCCUGCAGAAGAUAGAUGGCAUGUAUUUCACUGACGCUUGGAUCAGUCGUAUCAAACCUGAUGUUGGAGAUAACUGGAGGUUAAAGAUCAGCAAUUUAAAGAAGAUAUUGAAAGGUAUUCUGGAUUACAACCAUGAGGUGUUGGGGCAGCAGAUCAAUGACUUCACUCUUCCAGACGUCAGUCUCAUCGCAGAGCAUUCAGAUGCAGCAGAACUGGGCCGAAUGUUGCAGCUCAUCCUGGGCUGUGCUGUCAACUGUGAACAAUGUCAGGAAUAUAUCCAGACCAUCAUGAUGAUGGAGGAGUCUGUGCAGCACGUGGUCAUGACGGCCAUCCAGGAGGUCAGUCAGCUCUUUAAACACAGAGGAUCAUCAGUACUUCAGCUGCUGGAAGCACUGGUGUUCUGA